GGGAGGUGCAGGCCCAGGGCACAGGACAAAGGCGGGCAGGAGCCAGGCUGCAGCAAAGCUCUUGCAGCCCAGGGCAGGCGACGAAGACGACGGAGGGGAGGUGCAGGCCCAGGGCACAGGACAAAGGCGGGCAGGAGCCAGGCUGCAGCAAAGCUCUUGCAGCCCAGGGCAGGCGACGAAGACGACGGAGGGGAGGUGCAGGCCCAGGGCACAGGACAAAGGCGGGCAGGAGCCAGGCUGCAGCAAAGCUCUUGCAGCCCAGGGCAGGCGACGAAGACGACGUCUCCUCUCCAGGCUGUGUUUGCCGUCAGCAAUGGCAUCUGAAAUCCACAUGCCGGAGCCCGUGUGCCUCAUUGAGAACACGCGGACGAAGGGGCUGGUGGUCCAGCAGGAGGCCCUGCAGGUGCUGUCAGGGAUCACCCAGCCCGUGGUGGUGGUGGCCAUCACAGGGCUGUACCGCACUGGCAAGUCCUACCUCAUGAACAGGCUGGCUUGUCAGAGGAAAGGUUUCUCCUUGGGCAGUGGUGUGCAGUCCCACACCAGGGGUAUCUGGAUGUGGUGUGUACCUCACCCGUGCAAGCCUGGACACACUCUGGUGCUGCUGGACACGGAAGGGCUGGGUGAUGUGGAGAAGGGUGACAUGAAGAACGACACGUGGAUCUUCGUGCUGACCGUGCUGCUCUCCAGCACCCUGAUCUACAACAGCAAAGGCACCAUUGACCAGCAAGCUGUGGACCAGCUGCACUAUGUGAUGAAGCUGACUGAGCAGGUCAAGUUGAAAGCAGCACCCGAGCAGAGCGAAGAUGAACUGGAGGAUUCAGAAAACGUUGCCCCCAUCUUCCCGACUUUUGUGUGGACAGUCCGGGACUUCACACUGCAGCUGGAGGUGGAUGGGAAGGAAAUCUCUGAGGACGAAUACUUGGAGAAUGCACUCAAGUUAAAGGCUGGGAGCAGCCCAGAGACCCAACACUACAACCAGCUCCGGGAAUGCAUCUGCCGGUUCUUUCGGGAUCGCAAGUGCUUUGUUUUUUACCAGCCGGCCCACAGGAGGGACCUGGUUCGCUUGGAGGAGCUUCCGGACGAUGAGAUCGAUUGUGAAUUCCGGGAGCAGGUGGAGAAAUUCUGCAGCCACAUCUGGGAAACGUCUCCGCCUAAGACCAUCCCUUGUGGCCGCACCAUAACAGGGACCCUGCUGGGGAAACUGGCAGAGAGCUACGUGGAGACCAUCCGGAGCGGGGCAGUGCCGUGCCUGGAGAGCGCGGUGCUCGCCCUGGCAAAGACUGUAAAUGCAGCGGCAGUGAAAGAGGCUGUGACGUUGUACCAGGACCUGAUGGAGCGGCGGGUGAAGCUGCCGACGGAGACGGUUCAGGAGCUACUGGAUCUGCACACCCAGUGCGAGCGGGAGACGCUGGAGCUGUUCCAGAAACAGGCGUUCGAGGAGGAGAUCUGCUCUUUCCUGGCAGAUCUUACAUGCCAGGUGGAGGCAAUCAAGGACAAGUUCUGCAGGGACAACGAGCAGGCGUCCCGUGAGAAGUGCGAGGCCGCGCUCAGGGACCUCUUCCAGGACUUGGACAGAAAAAUCACCGAUGGUGUCUACAAUGUGCCGGGGGGUCACCAGCUGUUCGAAGGAGACCAGCAGGCGCUGUUGGAGAAAUAUGGGGAACUGCCUGGCAAGGGGGUGAUGGCUGAUGCCGUCCUGCAGGAGUUCCUCCAACGCAGAGAGGCUCUGGACAAGAACAUCCUCAACAUAGACCUCGCCCUGGAAAAGAAGGACAAGGAGCUGAAAGAUGUGCAACAGCAGUAUGAGAAGGCUCAGCAGGAGUGGGAUGCCCGGUGGAAGCAGGAGGCUGAAGACAAGCAGAAGCUGCAGGACAAGUUGCACAGCACCGAAGAAGAGGUGGCUCGUCUGAGAAAGAAGCUGGAGGAUCAGCCUAAGAAGCGGCAGGAGGAGCACCCGAAGGCCGGCGAACGUAAAUCGAAGGAAGAGAGCGGCUGUUCCAGUGGUGGCUCCGGUUGGAGUGGUGGCCCCAGUGGGAGUGGUGGCCCCGGUGGGAGUGGACAUGGCAAUAAUAAUUCCAACUGGGAGAACUUCGUGAUACCGGCGCUGUUAGUUGCGGCGUGUGUGGCGUUUGUGGUAUUCCGCGUUAGGUUACCCUGGAGAUUUUCUUGAAAACCCCUCUAGCAA